AUGCUCCCACCCGAGGACGCGGAAGGCAAUGUUGAGUACAAACUGAAGCUUGUGGACCCCAGCGACAGUCGAUUCGAGCAUCUUGUCACCCAAAUGAAAUGGAGACUUCGCGAGGGACAAGGGGAAGCAAUCUACGAAAUUGGUGUCGAGGACUGCGGAACCGUUGUCGGUCUCAACGCCCGAGAAUUGACCGCCUCUUUGAGGACAAUCGAUCGCAUGGCCGAGAAGCUCGAAGCCGACGUCACGAUACUUCGACAAAAGCCCGUCAGGGACAAUUUGACGGCCGCUCAGAUUCUCGUGCGCAAGGUUCCGGACGAUCAGCAAACAAUCGAGCUCCGGAUCGCGGUUUUGGGAAAUGUCGAUGCGGGGAAGAGUACCCUCCUUGGCGUUUUAACGCAAGGCGACCUCGACAAUGGCCGAGGCCGGGCGAGGUUGAAUCUAUUCAGGCACCUGCACGAAAUACAAACCGGCCACACCUCCAGCAUAUCAAGGGAGAUUCUGGGUUUCAACUCGAACGGUCAACCUCAAACGUACAAGCAUUUCCGAACAGCUGAGGAAAUUUGCGAUAACUCCUCAAAGAUCAUUACAUUCAUCGAUCUCGCCGGCCAUCAGAAGUUUCUCAAAACAACCCUCUUCGGUCUGACGGGACACUCGCCUCACUACGUGAUUCUCCUAGUACCUGCCGUAAGCGGGCUCACGGGAACUGCCCUGGAUCAUCUAGCCCUCGUCCAAGCCCUGCAAGUUCCCGUGAUAGUGGUUGUCAACAAAGUAGAUACCGUGAGCAAGAAUAGAAUGCUUGCAACCUUGGCCCAAGUCGAACAGCUGCUCAAGGAAUGCAGGAAGAUUCCGAUGGAGAUCCUUAAUCAAGACGAUGCGUUGACCGCCGCCCAGAGUCUCCAUUCUGGAACCGUUUGCCCGAUUUUCAUGACGUCUUGCGUGACCGGCAUCGGCCUCAACCUGCUCUACGCGUUCCUCAACGUCCUUCCGACGCGACACACGGUCAAGGAGCGGGAAUGUCUGAUGCAGCUUUCGACGUUCUUCCAGAUCGAUGAGACCUUCGACGUGCCUGAUGUCGGUCUCGUCGCCGGUGGGCUACUGACGCAGGGUCUCAUUCGCGAAGGAGAUGUCCUACUCGCGGGACCCGAUUCUUGCGGGGAUUUCCAGCGAGCGCGCGUGACGAGUCUUCAACGAAAUCGAGUGCCAUGCCGUAUGGUACGAGCUGGAGAAAGCGCAACGCUCGCGCUUGAAGUCACGCGGCCUCAGGCGAUCCGUAAGGGAACCGUCCUGUGCUCACCCAGCGGGAGACCCGUUGCCGGGAUGUUGUUCCAAGCUCAAAUUCGCAUUCUCUGCUGCGACGACGAUGAUCCAUUCAGGGUCGGUUACCACACCACGGUCCAGGUGGGAAACGUUCAGCAAGGGGCAGUUGUCGCAGGAAUCCGUGGUCGGGCGGAAAUGUUCGCUGACGAUACAGGGCUUAUUCUGUUCCGUUUCGCAAGACAUCCUGAAUGCGCUAGUCCAGGAACGAGAUUUGUUUUCCACAAAGGCGCGACACGAGGCAUCGGCAUAGUCAAAAAAGUCUAUCCGUUGACGCCGCAGGAGGCCAAUGUGUGAGUGGCGUGGAUGUUCUGAGAAAAUCGAGCCCAAAGCAUAGCGUCUGAUUCACUUCUGCACCGACCAAAGACGCCAUGCCGUUGAAAUGUGGGCAUUCCGUAACUGGGAAGUUCUCCGACAGCUUCCAUGGUGAAUGCAUGACGGAGGGUAGGUCGGAGCCUGGAAUCAUGUCGGGAAAGUCUUCCAUUGAAUCUCGGCUCGCUUUCCGAAGGUCUCCACUCUACACCAAAU